AUGUACAACCAGUCACCAAACGGCUAUUCAGGUGGAGGCGGAGGCGGAUCUGGCUACACUGAAAAUCCUCAAUACAACGAGCAAGGUGAACCAAUUGAAGAAGACGAAUUUGGGCGCACAGAAGAAGAAUUUGAUGAAGAUAUGCAGCGUGAACUAGCUGAUGAUGCACCAUGGAAAAGAAUUCAACAAAAUACGUUUACACGUUGGGCUAAUGAACACUUAAAAUUAGUUAAUCGUCAUUGUGAUGAUUUACAGACUGAAUUCGGUGAUGGGUUAAAUUUAAUCGCAUUAAUUGAAGUUCUAUCACAGAAGAAAGUACCACGAUAUAAUAAACGACCUAAUUUUCGUUCACAAAAACUUGAAAAUGUAUCUGUCGUACUUGAUUUUCUUGAAAAUACAGAACGCAUACGUCUUGUUAAUAUCGAUGCUACACAUAUUGUUGAUGGUAAAUUAAAAUUGAUUCUUGGUUUAAUAUGGACACUUAUUUUACAUUAUUCAAUCUCGUUGCCAAUGUGGGAAUUCGAACAACCCGAUGCACCAGGUCUAGGACGAGAUGCAACACCAAAACAAAAACUUAUGAAUUGGAUUCAAGAAAAAUUACCACCAGAAUUACCAAUCACAAACUUUACAUCCGACUGGAAUGAUGGCCGCGCUAUUGGUGCUCUUGUUGAUGCUUGUGCACCAGGUCUCUAUCCUGAUUGGAAUAAACGUGAUCCAAGAAAUGCCUUGGAAAAUGCUAAAGAAGCUAUGGAUUUAGCUGAACGGUGGUUAGGUAUUCCGCAAUUGAUUCAACCACAUGAAAUGAUUAAUCCACGUGUUGAUGAACAAUCAAUGAUGACCUAUUUAUCACAAUAUCCAAGUGCUAAAUUAAAAUCAGGAGCACCAAUUAAACCGAAAACAAAUUCAGCACGUGUUCGAUGUUAUGGCAAAGGUAUUGAGCCAAGUGGUAAUCAAGUCGAUGCACCAGCUAAAUUUCAUGUAGAAACAUUUGCAGCUGGCCAAGGUAAUGUUGAAGUUAUUGUUAUUAAUCCAAAAGGUCAACGUGAAAAAUGUGACAUUGAAUUUCGUAAUGAUAAAAAUCAAACGUAUGAUUGUACUUAUUGUCCAACAAUGGAAGGACAAUAUAAAGUCAUUGUUAAAUAUGGUGGACAAGAAGUACCAAAAUCACCAUUUUCACCUUAUAUCGAAGGAAAAGCAGGUGAUGCUAGUCAAUGCCUUGUACAUGGUCCAGGUCUUGAGCCAAAUGGUGUUAUGGUUGAUAAACCAACUUGGUUUGAAAUUGAUGCCACACGUGCUGGCAAUGGUCUUGCUGAAGUUAUUCUUGUUAAUCCACAAGGACGACAAGAUGUAGUGCCCGUAUCAGUUAAACAAAUAGGACCAGGCAAAUUUCGUUGUGAAUAUGUACCACGCGAACCUGGUCUUCAUUCAGUUAAUGUUUUCUUUGCUGGCCGACCUAUACCAAAUAGUCCCUAUGGUGUAAAUGUUGCGUCAUCAUCGGAUGCUAAGAAAUGUCGUGCAUAUGGACGUGGUAUUCAACCAAAAGGUGUUCGUACAGGUGAUGUAGCUGAAUUUCGCGUCAUUACCAAAGAUGCUGGCGAAGGUGCUAUGAAAGCAACAGUCACUGGACCAGAUGGCUUGGAUAUUCCUUGUCGUGUAACAAAGGCCAAUAGUACAACGUAUGAGUGUGGUUAUGUACCAAAUCAAAUUGGACCUCAUACAGUUAACAUAACAUAUGGUGGUGCACAUAUCCCACGUAGUCCAUUUCCAGUUUCGGUCGGGCCCUAUAAAGAAUCACGUAUUCGUGCCUUUGGUCCAGGUCUCGAAGGUGGUGUUGUUGGCUAUCCAGCUGAUUUUAUUGUCGAAACCAAUGGAGAAACUGGUUCAUUAGGUUUUUCAAUCGAAGGACCAUCACAAGCGCGUAUUGAAUGCAAGGAUAAUGGUGAUGGUUCGGCUAAUGUUCGCUAUUGGCCAACAAUACCUGGAGAAUAUGCAGUACACAUUCUUUGUAAUGAUGAAGAUAUACCACUAUCACCAUUUAUGGCUUGGAUUGAAGCACCAGGAAAUUUUGAUCCAAAUAAAGUUAAAGCUUAUGGUCCAGGUCUUGAACCAAGUGGACAAAUUAUUGGUAAACCAACUGAAUUCACUAUCGAUGCACAUAAUGCUGGCGAGGCACCUUUACGUGUUCAAGCUAUUGAUCAAGAAUAUCAACCAGUUGAUGUACAAGUUCGUAAUACUGGUAAUGGAACAUAUAAUUGCCGUUAUACACCACGUAAUGCUCUACGUCAUUGUAUUUUAAUUGAUUAUGGUGGUGUUGCUAUACCAAAUAGUCCUUUUAAAGUUUGGCCAACUGAACCAUCGAAUCCUUCAAAAGUUCGUGUCUAUGGUCCUGGUGUUGAACGUGGCGUUAAAAUGAAUAUUCCAACAUUCUUUGUUGUUGAUUGCAAAGAAGCUGGACCAGGAGAUAUUUCAAUUGCAUUAACCGACAUUAAAAAUCAAGACGUACCAUUUAAUAUUGAUGAUAAUCAAGAUGGAACAUUUCGAAUUGCAUAUACACCUAAAUUACCAGGUGUUCAUUGUAUUAGUGUUUUAUUUGGUGAUACUGAAAUACCAAUAUCACCCAUUAAAGUUAACGUUGAACCAAGCGUCGAUGUUAGUAAGAUACGUAUUGAAGGUCUUGAUACAAUGCCUAUUGUUGGACAGCCUGCCCAGGUAACAUUGAAUACACUAGCAGCUGGUCCAUUACCACCAAAUACGGUUCAUGCUAAAGUCAUUGGACCAUCAGGCAAUAUACAAGAUGCUAUUGUAACACCUGCACCACAAGGAUAUAAUCUUCGUUUUAAUGUGCCUGAACCAGGUUCAUAUCUAAUUGAACCUGAAGUAUGUACAAUACCAUUACGUCCUGCGCAAGUCACAGCUAUUGAACCACUUGAUCCAGGUAAAGUACGUGCCUAUGGACCAGGUCUAUCACAAGGCACAGUAAAUAAACCAGCUGAUUUCAUUGUUGAUACGCGUGGAGCUGGUAAUGGUCAAUUGGGCAUUACGGUCGAAGGACCAUCAGAAUCGAAAAUUGACUAUCAAGAUAAUAAUGAUGGUAGUUGUCGUGUAACCUAUCAUCCAACAGUCGCUGGAAAUUACAAUAUUAAUAUAUUAUACGAAGGAAAACAUAUAACGGGAUCACCAUUUCGUGCUGCUGUACGAGCCGAUCUUGAUAUACGAGCUAUUCGUUGUUAUGGACCCGGCCUUGAUCCCGCGGGAGUGUUUCUUGAAAGUCCAACUGAAUUUACUGUCGAUGCUAAAUCAGUUACUGGUAGCGGUGCAGGACAUGUUGAAUGUUUAUUAACAUCACCAAGUGGUCGUAUUGUUCGAUGUCCUGUUAAAAAUAUGGGCGAUGGUACCUAUCAAGUGCAAUAUGCACCUUACGAACAAGGCAUACAUCAAAUUGAAGUUACAUAUGAAAAUAUUCCUGUACCAGGCAGUCCGUUUCGUAUUAAUGCUAUUCCAGGUUGUGAUCCAUUACGUGUACGUGCUUAUGGACCUGGUCUUGAAUAUGCAAUUACAAAUGAACCAACAACAUUUACUAUUGAAACCAAAGGUGCCGGACAAGGCAGUCUUGGUUUAGCUAUUGAAGGACCAUCCGAAGCUAAAAUGGUCUGCAAAGAUAAUCAAGAUGGUACAUGUAUUAUGGAAUAUUUGCCUACAAAAGCUGGUCAAUAUGAUAUUGCCAUUAAAUUUGCUGAACAACAUAUUCCAGGCUCGCCAUUUCGAGUUCUCGUACGUGAUCGACUUGAUGCUAAUCAUGUUAAUGUUAAAAUGAGCCCAGCCAUGCGUGCUAACGUUUUACAAGAAAUUCUAAUCGAUGGUCAAGCAGCUGGACCUGGUACACCGUCUGUUGAAAUCAGUGAUAUUCAUGGUCGUCGUAAACCAGCAAGUAUUCGUCCAAGAGGUGAAGGCGUUUACGUUGCAGAAUUUACUCCACAAAUUGAAGGUCCACACCGUAUUGAUAUUAAUUGGAGUGAUCAACCAGUUCGUGGAAGUCCAUUCAACGUUCAAGUUCUUCCGCAUUUUGAACCACAUAAAGUUAUUGUUGAAGGUCCUGGUAUACAUAACGGUAUUCCAGCAUCACUUGAAACAUACUUUCACAUUGAUACACGUGACGCUGGUUUUGAACAUCCAGACGUUUUAAUUAAAAAUCCCGAAGGUCUUUUAGUUCCAUCGAAAAUCGUUGAUAAUAAAGAUGGCACAUACAAGGUCACCUAUAAACCAAAUGAUGUUGGUCGAUAUAUAAUUAAUGUUAAUUAUGGUGGUUUCCCAGUCAAUAAUUCACCAUUUAACGUGAAAGUGGAGCCUAUCGGAGACCCAUCUAAAUGCCAUAUUUCUGGCAAUGGUACCAAUCCUAAUCUUCAAGUUGGUGAAGAAUAUACAAUUACAGUUGAUACUCAUGAAGCUGGUCCAGGUGCAGUAACAUGUCGUAUACGCUCGACGCUUGGCAAUGAUCUUGAUAUUGAUAUUGUCGAUAAUGAAGAUGGAACAUUUAAUCUCUUUUAUACACCUCAUAAUCCUGGAAAUUACGUUAUUAAAAUCAAAUUUGGUGGACAAGAUAUACCGGGCGGUGAUUUUGUUGUUACGGCUGGUGAUGGUGAUAAAUACUAUCGCGACACGCAAGUAACUGAAACAGUUACAUCACGUCAUACAGCAAGUCAAUAUCGUCCUGUUGAUUUUCGUUUGCCUGUGGGUGGUGGUCAAUUUGGCGACAUUAGUGCAUUAAUUCGAACUCCAACUGGUCGUAUUCAUACACCGGUCAUUGAGGAUAAUCAAGAUGGAACUGUGUCAAUUAAAUAUCAACCAUCUGAAGUUGGCCUUCAUGAACUUGAUGUCUUCUAUCAAGGACAACCUAUAGCUGGUUCACCAUUUAAAUUUCAUGUUGAUCAAGUUCAAACAGGCUAUGUGACAGCCUAUGGGCCUGGUCUUAGUUAUGGUGUCUGCAAUGAAGCAUGUAACUUUCGUAUUGUUACUAAAGAUGCUGGUUCUGGUGGUCUCUCCGUUGCUGUUGAAGGCAGUUCAAAAGCUGAAAUUCAAUGUAAAGAUAAUAAAGACGGUACAUGCGAUGUCACGUAUUGGCCGACUGCGCCAGGUGAAUAUACAAUCACAGUUAAAUUUGCUGAUCAGCACAUUGUUGGUUCACCAUUCACUGCUAAAGUCACUGGUUUACCAUCAUCGGUAGAUCAAUUCAAACGUUCACAUGUUAUGCUUGGUAAUCAAAAUGAAUUUAGUUUACGUGUCACCGAAAUGGAUAUACAUGAAUUGCAUGCAACAAUUCGUUCGCCAAGUGGCUUCGAAGAACCAUGUAUAUUGAAAAAAUUAGCCAAUGGAAGUCUUGGCAUUUCAUUUAUACCACGUGAAAUUGGUGAUCAUUUAGUUAAUGUGUAUCGUGAUGGACAACAUAUUAAGAAUAGUCCGUUUCGUAUACAUGUUGGUUCAUCGGAAAUUGGUGAUGCUAGUAAAGUUCGAGUCUAUGGACGUGGUCUACAAGAAGGUUAUGCAUAUCAAACAAAUGAAUUUACUGUUGUUACACGUGAUGCUGGUUAUGGUGGCUUAUCACUUUCGAUUGAAGGCCCAUCAAAAGCCGAUAUUGAAUGUCAUGAUAAUGAAGAUGGUUCUUGUCUUGUUAGUUAUAAACCAACUGAGCCUGGUCUUUAUAUUGUUAAUGUCAAAUUUGCUGAUAAACAUGUACCAGGUAGUCCGUUUACGGUCAAUGUUGGCGGUCAAGGAUCUGGUCGAUUGAAAGAAAGUAUUAUUCGUGAACGUCGUGCUGUUGAUAUAACACAUAUUGGUAGUCAAUGUGAAUUGUCAUUAAAAAUCCCUGGCAAUAAUGCUAGCGGCGAAAGUCGUUCAUCUUAUCAACAUUUUGCAAUGAUGCAAGUAAAUAAUGAAAAACCAGUAAUUCGUCGUGAACAUGAAGAACAAAGUCAAUCAUGGGGGCAACCAUUAUCGUCACCAUUGUCAGUCAAUCCUGCCAUGAUUGAUUCGGAUAGAAAUUUUACAAGGAUAAACCGUCUUGGUUCGAGUUCAUCAUCAGUAUUUGAUCGUAACAGUGGACUAUUGAAUGAAGCUAUACCGAUUGGUGGUAAUACAAAUUAUCAAUGUCGAGAUAAUCUAUCAUCGGUAAUGGCACAACGACAACAACAACAACAACAACAAUCCAAUGUAUCUUCUUCGUAUACAAAAAUAAGCAAUGCAACUAGAGAAUCACAAGCUGGAACAGAACAUUAUCAUGAUGUCCCCUAUUUUCAUGGAUUUAAAUUUCAAACUCUUCCAGGCACUUCACCCUUUGAUAUGAGCGCCUAUGUUACAAGCCCAUCUGGACAUUUAGAAAAUUGCGAGAUUGUUGAUCUCGAUGAUUGUAAUUAUUCAAUCAAAUUUAUCCCGAAAGAAAUGGGUGUUCAUACAGUUAGUGUUAAACAUAAGGAUAUGCAUAUCCCAGGCAGUCCUUUUGAGUUUACUGUUGGCCCAAUACAAGGUGGUGGCGCUCAUAAAGUUCGUGCUACUGGAAAUGGUCUUAUACGUGGAGAAGUUAACAUGACCAAUGAAUUUAAUAUUUAUACACGUGAAGCAGGUGCUGGCGGUCUUGCUAUUGCCAUAGAAGGACCUGCUAAAGCUGAAAUAGACUUUUUCGAUCGUAAAGAUGGUUCAUGUGGUGUAUCUUUUGUAUGUCCUGAGCCAGGUGAAUAUCAAGUAUCGAUCAAAUUCAAUGAUGAACAUAUCCCAGAUUCACCAUUCAAUGUCGUCAUUGGUUCACCAUUUGGUGAUGCGAAAAAACUAACAAUACAAAGUCUUCAAAAUAAAGGACAUGAAGUUAAUCGACCAUGUAUGUUUACUGUUAAUGUAAACGGUGCACGCGGUAGACUUGAUGCUCGAGUGACAGCACCAAGUGGAACAGAAGAUAAUUGUAUUGUACAAGAAAUGGGCGAUGAACAUUACGCUAUUCGAUUUAUCCCACGAGAAAACGGUGUUCAUUGGGUACAUGUUCGUUUUAAUGGACGUGAUAUACCUGAUUCGCCAUUUCGUGUUGUUGUCGGUCAUGCUAAUGCUGAUCCAGGCAGAGUAUUUGCAUCGGGCUCUGGCUUAUAUCAAGGAGAAACAGGUCAUCCAUGUGAAUUUUUAAUUGAUACAAUGAACGCUGGCGCUGGCGCAUUAGCUGUUACUGUUGAUGGACCAUCGAAAGUUCAACUAGAUUGUAAAGAAGUAUCCGAAGGUUAUCGUGUAAGCUUUACACCAACAGCACCCGGCGAUUAUCUCAUUACAAUUAAAUUUGCCGGAAUUAAUAUUGCUGGCAGUCCAUUUAAGUGCAUGGUUGGAGGUAUGAAUUUGAAUGCUAGUCGCGGUGGUUUCGGUACAAUGACUACAUCAUCAUCCUAUGUUCAGCGUUCACAAGGCAAUUUAGCAAGUCAAUCAACAUAUAAUACAAUUGAACAAUCAUCAUCAUUUGCAUCAAAUUCACGAAACAAUUACGCAAGUAUUGACGCCAGUCGAGUACGAGCACAAGGAGAUGGUUUAUCACGUGCAUAUCGUAAUGAAAAAGCUACAUUUACAGUAGAUACUCGUGAUGGCGGUAAUGCUAUGCUAAUGGUAGGUGUAUUCGGUCCUAAAUAUCCAUGUGAAGAAGUAUUUAUUAAACACGUUGGAAAUAAUCAAUACAAUGUUCAAUAUACUGUACGAGAAAAAGGUGAAUAUAUGUUGGUUGUUAAAUGGGGCGAUCAACAUAUUCCAGGCUCUCCUUGGCAUAUCGAGGUCGUCUAA